AUGCUUGCCAAGUUACUUCGUGUUAUUCUUGUGUUAACAGUUUUGUUUUUCCCAAUUGUUCAGCCUUUUUUGGCUUCAGCUUUUUCAUCUGUUAGUCAAGCUGGGAAGACAAGCAACUGUCAAGAUUGGAGUGAAUAUGGCCCAUGCUUCAGCACGGCUGACAGAUCCUUCUGGUCGCGGUUACCAAAACAAUGUUACCAGAAUAGGUAUAUGUCGUUAAUCACCGGUAUCGGAAAUCCAAUUGUUCAAAAAGUUAUGGAUUAUGCCGAACUCUUUAAUAAAUCAGCUAAUGCUUGUGGAAUGUGCAAUGUGCAAGUUGCAUGUUCACCUAGAUGCGAGUACACUCCUGGAGGUAAUUCUUUCGGAGUUGUAGAUAGAAUUUGUGAUUUGCCGACUGAACGACAAGCUUGUGCUAUGACAGAACAGGCUUUUGACCAACGAUCUGGGACUUGUAAAGUCUGGCCUCCAAAAUAUACUACAGCUGUUGAUUUCCUCGGAGCUCUAGUUCCACCAAAUAUUAGAGACCAAGUGUGGUCUUUGAAGCCGUUGAAUUGCAUCAGCAUUGAUGAGAAAUGUUAUUGUUGCUGUUCUCCAUAUACACCCAAUCCUUGUGAUGCUAAAUGUACUUUAACUCCAUGUAGUAGACGGCAAGCUUUCUCAUCCACACAAAUCAAAAUUCUCCGACGUAAAUGGAUAGCCAAAAUAGAAGAGAGGGAAACAACAACUGAUGAAGAAUAA